AUGUUCUUUCAUAAGAACUAUUUUUUUCGCUUAUAUUUUGCUUUACCAGUCAUAAUUGUUCAUUGCCUCAUCUGAAGUGUAGUGUAUUGCUUUAACGUUGGCUUUAUUUCUGAAGUCGAGCUGGACACAAGCUACAUGGUCCUUUUUACGUUUUACUAUACAGUUUUAAUUCUUCUUGUAUGAAGCUAUACAAUGAGCACAAUCACCGACCCAGGCUCAAUCCCAGAAAACUACAAGAUUGAGGAAACUGAAGUAAACCCAGACCUUGAAGAUUCUGACAUGGCCAAGCUCUCAAAAGCAAAAAGGUUUUGUGAAAAAUGUGAUCGACAUCGGCCACCAAGAACUCAUCACUGCUCACUCUGUAAUCGCUGCAUUCUAAAGAUGGACCACCAUUGCCCUUGGAUAGGGAACUGCGUAGGUUUCCAUAAUCAUCGAUAUUUUGUUCAGUUUUUGAUUUAUGCGACAAUAGAUUGCACGCUGGUUGGAAUUUGCUGUACUUCUGAAUUUGUGAAGAAUAACGGAGAUACAAACUAUUAUAUUUACUAUGGAAUGGUGGCUGGGUUAGGGUUAGGAAUUAUGAUAUCGGCUCUUGGAGGGUUUCAUAGCUGGCUUUUAUUAUCAAAUUGGACUUCAUUGGAGUUAAGGCCGAUGGACACUUAUAAUGUGUUUGACCAAGGAAAUUGGCUAAAGAAUUUACAACAGCUAUGUGGAAAGAGGUUAAUUGGGUAUAUUCUGCCAAUUCCUACCAAUAAAGUAGGAGAUGGAAUUACUUAUCCGAUUAACACAGUUCAAAGACCAGUGAAAUCUGAAAAUUCUGAGGCUGAGCCGCUUUAUUAA